AUGACGCGCAAGGUAGCCAUUGGCACGGAUCACAUCGCAUUCCACCUCCGCGAGAAGCUGAUGGAGUGCGUGAAGGAGGCUGGUGAGGAGUUCGUGCCGGUGUACUGCGGCACAGUAACGGCGGAGCGCGUCGACUACCCGGACUUUGCUUGCCGCGUGGCGGAGAUGGUGACGAGGAAGGAGGUGGAGUUUGGUGUGCUGGCAUGCGGCAGCGGGAUCGGCAUGUCCAUCGCGGCCAACAAAGUCGCCGGGGUGCGGGCGGCCCUCUGCCACGACCACUACACCGCAGUGAUGUCGCGUCUCCAUAACGACGCGAACGUUGUGUGCGUGGGGGAGAGGACGACCGGCGUAGAGGUCAUUAGGGAAAUAAUCAUCACGUUUCUGCAGACGCCCUUCAGCGGCGAGGAUCGCCACGCCCGACGCAUUGGUAAGAUAAGGGAUAUUGAGGCGGCCGAUGUCAAGUGA